UAUUUUGUUUUAUUAUUGCGUUUCUUUUCCACAAUUUAAAGAUUUGCGCGUUGCUACUACCAAGAACAUGGCUUCAUGUCACGUGAUAUUGGACACCAACAUCAAAAGGACCGACAUGAAGUGCCGCUACUGGUUAUACUGUGACGGCACCCUCAAUCUUCAAUGCGUAGUCUGAUACGGGGUGUUUACGAUGGGUGUUUACGAAAACUAAUCGGAUCUCGGAUUGGAUUGAACAAUGGUACUCAACCUAGGUACAGAAAAUUUCCCUAGACUAAUCGGAUUGACGAUUGCUGUCUCAAAUGUAAUCCGAUUGAGGACGAAAGUAUGGAGACGCACAAGAAGAAUGGAUAUAUUUCUUUUAUGGAAUGUUUUGUUUAACAAUGAAGAAAAUGAUGAAAAUGUCUGGGAUGGAGAAAUUGCACGUCUAAGAGCAGAAUAUCAUUUUAGGAUACCCAAUUUCUUUGAAAAUGUACUACCUUUUUAUUCGUUAUCAGAUUUCAAGUCACAUUUUCGUGUUGAAAGGAAUACUUCUGAACACUUAAUACAAACUUUUGGAUUCAAUUUAUUAGAAAAUGAUGAUUCUCCUAAAUUAGCACCAGCAAAGCAACUUGCUAUUACCUUAUGGAUUUUUGGCAAUCAAGAAGUUUAUAGAUCCGUUGCAGAUCGAUUUGGAGUGUCUAAAGACACUAUAUGGAGAUGUGUUUUUAAUGUAGCUUACACAUUAGAGCAACGUGUUCAAAAUUAUAUUAAGUGGCCAGAAGUUCAUGAAUUAUUAAAUACACAACAACAAUUUGCUGCCAUUAGUGAUUUCCCAGGUGUUGUAGGCGUAAUUGAUGGUUGCCACAUUCCCAUUAGUGCUCCUACUGAAUAUCCAAACAGUUAUAUAAAUAGAAAAGGAUUUUAUUCGAUAUUAUUACAAGGUAUUUGCGAUCAUAAAAUGAAAUUUAUUGAUGUGUUCACGGGAAUUUGUGGCAGUGUUCAUGAUGCUCGUGUUUGGCGGCUAAGUGACAUUAAAAAUUUGAUAGAUCAUGAUAGAGAAAGAUAUUUUCCUCAACGUAGUCACCUUUUAGCUGAUUCUGCGUACCCAUUAUCGUAUAAUAUGUUCACCCCAUACCGGGAUAAUGGUCAUUUAAAUGCUAUACAGCAUAAUUAUAACACAAAGUUAUCAAAAACUCGUGUUAUAAUUGAAAGAACAUUUGGAAUACUAAAAGAACGAUUUAGAAAAUUAAAAUAUGUAUAUAUGUAUAACACAGACAUGAUACCAUUAGUUAUACUUGCAUGUUGUAUUUUGCAUAAUAUUUGCAUUGAUAAUGAAGAUGAACCUUUUGAUAAUGUUGAAGUAGAAAAUGUAAAUAAUAAUUAUGCAAUUAUGCCAGCUGAUGACAAAAGAGACAUUAUUGCAGAGUUAUUAUUUUAAUUACAGGCAUUUAAUAGAAUACACAAGUUUUUUUACAUAAAAACUAAAUAAUAUUAUUUAAUGAUUCAAGAACUUCUGCCCAAUUGUACUUAAAUAUAAAAAAUUAAUGAUUAUUCUUCUAAUUAUUUUUUAACAGAAACUAAAUCUAACUUAAAAUUUGUAAAAUCUGCUAUUCUUUGUUAUUUUUUUAUAAGACAGUAAUAUAAAAACAGAAUAUAUAUAAAUAAAAUUCAAAUAAUUGUAUGCAUACAUGAUUUUUAUUGUAAUCAAAGAUACAUAUCUGUAAUCCGUAACAAAUCAAAAAUAAAAAUUAUAUGUAAAUUAACAUAAUCUUUGGAUUUUAACAUGACAUGAAUCGUAAUAUGCAACAAAUUAUACUACUUUACAAUAAUAAAGUUUUUCAAAAACA